AUGGCCAACAGAUUAUUAAUGUGUGCUCUAUGUUGGGCUAUUUGGGAUGGGCGAAAUGAAAUGGUAUGGAAGAAGAAAGAGACGGGAGUGGAUAGCAUAGUAGUAUCAGCUAAAGGUUAUCUUGAUCAUUGGACAAGCGCUCAAAAUUCUCUUAUUGAGACAUCAUGGACUGGUCUUCAGUCGGGUGAUGGUGCCGAGCUUUGGUGUCCUCCAACGGAAAAUAGUAUCAAGAUCAAUGUGGAUGCUGCUAUGUUUAAUGGUGGAAACUCUUAUGGUAUCGGUUUAGUUGCAAGAGACAGACACAGCCCGUUGGUGGAAGCUCGAAUGGAGUGUUUCUUGGGUCGGGUUAAUCCUGAAGUAGCUGAGGCUAUUGGAGUGAGGGAGGCUUUAAGUUGGAUCAAGAAUCGCAACUGGCCGAGAGUUGUUGUGGAAACUGACUGCCUAACAGUUGUUCAAGCUCUACGAAGCUCUGUUCAUAUGAUCUCUUUAUUUGGGCAAAUAAUUAAUGAAUGUAAACAACUCAUGUUAGAGUUGGGUCAUGUUAGUGUUUUUUUCGUUAAACGAUCAGCAAAUGUUGUAGCUCAUAGCUUCGCUAGAGCUUCUCAUUUUCACUCUGGUUGUAUUUUCGGUUUGGAGAAUGUUCCAAUCGAUUUGUUACUUUGUUUGGUAACGAAGUUUGAUGGUUAA